AUGUCGGAAACGUCUUCACAAAAAUUAGCCUCAAAUGGGCUGCAAGCUGACUUGCAUUUGGUGAUCUUAUCACUUCCAUACUCAUUUCUCAUCGAGUCAACCCAAUGGAUCUAUGAGACGAACACUGGACUCUGGCAGGGCCAAUUUGAAUGGUCCAAGGCGUUGGUACCAUAUGCGGUGCUCAGCAGACAUCAAAUGGAUAGCAUCAGGAUCAUUGACAACAUUGGUGUCCUUCGAGACACUGUGUCAACUUUGAACUACAACGGUGUCAGUGAGACAAACCACAUCAAGCUCAUUGAGCCUCAACUCAACAAUCAACUCAUCACAGUGAGUAUUAGCGGAAACGAGAACUUCAUCAAUAACUGCAGGUCGGAGAUUUUGAGGAGCUACGACCAUGUGAACUACAAGAAGAUUGCCUUGAGCGACGCAAGCUUCAGAGCUAUUGGUCCCAAUUUCAUGCUGACAUUAAAUUGCAUUGCUGCCAGAUACGAAGUAGAGAUCGUAAUUGGACCCUAUGACACUGACUUCAAAAGCAGUGCAAAGCCUUGCAGAUCCAACUACAUCUACAUUCUUGGUAGCACAGAGAAAUUGUGCUUUGCUGAGACAGACGUCCGAGUAUUGGUCGACACAAUCCUUGCUGGUUUCUUCGUAGACAAGAUUUCAAUUCCCCUCUCAAUGGUACCUACACUUGGUGGAGUCAACAUGGCCAAUUUCGCUGAAUUGACCAGAGAAUCUAAUGUCAAUGUGUAUCUUCCAUAUAUGAUUCCUUCAUUGAAAGCACAGACCUUAUUGAAAAGCAAGGAAGAUAUGGCUAUUUGGUUCUCGUCGAAGCAAAUAUCCGAAGUGAUCUUGGGCAAGAAAAUUCUUUGCGACUUGCGCAAUGGUGUUGACCCGAGACACAACAGUAGUGUCAGAUUGUACACUCAAGAGAUUCGUAUAUCUAAGGAGAAGAUGGAUCUCUUGUCGCUAUACUUCCGACCCGAGAUAUUGGCGAUAAUGUUCAAACACGGAACUUUCAUUCAGGUUCCCGAACUAGGAGAGCUUCAGGACGAUAUUGCUGUGAUCCAAGGGUCAAACAUUGACGCGGUCGAAGACACUGUGCUGGAUUUCGCUGCCCUAUGCACCAAACUCUACACCCUCGAAUUAUCGUUUCUGCAAAUUUCUUCUUUCCCUGCUGAUUUGGAGUAUUUCUUGAUAAGUCUUGUAAGUCUUAAGAGAAAUUGUAUCUUAUCAUUCAAUGGAAAUGGAUUGCGUUUCGUCGGUGGCCAAGCAGAAAUCCACUCCUUGAUUAACGAACUCACAGCUGACAUAAAUCGCAAUUCUCUUUUUGCUCGGCUAAUAAUGGGGACAGACUUCAGAGUGCUGCUUUCAAUGGAACUUGCAAAUGACCAAAAAGAUUUCAUAAGCGGCAAGAAAAAUGGUAAGAUCAUCAAGAUUUUGAAUCAAGUUAAUCAGAUCCCCUCUGUGUUGUUCGAGCCUCACAGUGCUCUCAAUUUUAUCAUUCGACUGAGCAUCUUCCACAGUGCCAAUGAAGAGAAGUCAGCAUCCUUCAAAUUCAAUUUGUUGUCUCAAACUGUCAAGCUUUUGGAGCUAGAGCUUCCCGCUGAGCGUAAAUUUAACAUUCCAGAGGUGUUCCAUAAGAGCAUAAUUGGAAACGGAGGACAAGUGAUUCAGUCUAUCAUGAAAAAGUACAAUGUCUUCAUUAAAUUUGUCAGCUUCACGCAAGACAAUAAAAAAUCAGAUGGUCUUAAGACCGACCGCGGAAAAAACCUUUAUUCGCUUCAAAGAGGCGAGAAUGUUAUUAUCAAGUGUCCCAUGAAGAAUCAAAGCAAUAUCGAGAGAGCAAAGUGCGAGAUUGAUACUUUGGUUGAACAAUGCUGCCAAAAUAACGUCAUGACUACGUAUGGAACUUCUGUGGUCUAUAACACGGUCCAAUUCAAACUACUCAGGAGUCAUUACCAGUUGCUUAUAAGAAGCAAGGACUAUGAUCUUAGCUUCAUCAACAACUUAGAGAAAGAGCAUGGUACUUAUGUUGCGUUCCCGAAGUCCAUUGAAGCUUUCAAAGGAGAAGCUAGUCUCUCUGUUAUGAUUAAAGGUAAUGAUCUGAAAGCCCGUUUGUGCGCGCAUGAUCUCCAAAGGCUCUUGCCUCACACGAAGGACUUCAUUGUGGAGUACAAUCCUAAAGUAUUCAAUGAUUUAAUCAAUGAAAACAACCAUGAGUUCAGAAGCAAUAUCAUCAUUCCUUUCCGGAUUAUUCUCGAUUCAGAAAUCGUAAUUAGCCGGGAAGCAAACGAUAUGAUGAGGCCAUGUCAUAAAUUAGGAUUGAGCUCCUAUUCUCGAGCAAAUCUUGAGAAUGGUUCUCUCCAACUCUCACAAUAUCUUACCAGUUGCGGACUCUCGUUGGUGGAGACUAUCGAUGUAAGCUUCAAUCCUAUUCUCUCCAUUGAGGAAUGUACCUCUCCAAGAAAGCACUCAUACUCGCACAAAUCGUCGUCGAGAAAUCUGUCGCCAGAAAAGUCGCACGGGAAGCCCCGCUAUUCACCCAACUUCAGUUCUUCAAACCGCAGGGACGAACUUAACCUCGUUCCAGUGCCCUUCGAUACAUCGCCAAGGAAACAUCUCGGUCGCAAAUCGAGCACUCCACCGCUUCAGCCUAUUACGAAUCAACCAUUAUUCAAUACCUCUGCAAAGCCGCAUGCUAUGGUCCCAAUGCACGGGCUUCCGUACGUGACCAAUGCCUCUAGGUUCUAA